AAACCCCUGAAUCCACUCUGAAUUUCUUGAAUCAAACAAGGCUUCAGCUUCUUGAAUCAGAUGUCUUUGCCAAAUCUUCACUAUCUCAUCAUCUUCUUCACGACGGUCGGAAUUUUGUUCGAUCCAGUAUCAUGUACUGAAUUUGUUUACAAUGCCAACUUCAGCUCCUCAAACCUCCUAAUGGAGGGCAUUGCUGCAGUGGAAUCCUCCAUUGUUUCCCUUACCAACGACACCACUUUCUCCAUGGGUCGUGCCUUUUACCCAUCCAAAAUCCCCACAGAACUUCCCAAUUCAUCAACCCCACUUCCCUUCUUUACGUCCUUUAUCUUCUCUAUUGUUCGCUACAAGCAUCUUCUCCCUGGCCAUGGAUUUGUAUUUGGGUUCUUUCCUGUUCCGGAUGUGGCUGCUGCCGCCCCUGCUCAGCAUCUGGGUCUGUUCAACUUCACAAAUAAUGGUAAUGCCAAUAACCAUAUCUUUGGUGUUGAGUUUGAUGUUUUUACAAACCAAGAAUUUGAUGAUAUCAGUGAUAAUCAUGUUGGAGUUGAUGUGAAUUCUCUUACUUCUAUUGCAUCACAUGCGGCUGGGGUGUGGGGAGGGAGAGAUGAUGAUCAGUUUGAGGAGAUGAAGCUUAAUAAUGGUGUGAAUUAUCAAGUUUGGAUUGAUUACGAGGGUUCUGUGAUUAACGUUUCAAUGGCUAAGGUGGGUGAUGAAAGGCCUAGAAGGCCUUUGAUAAGUGAGUCUGUGAAUCUUUUUGAUGUUCUUCUUGAGGAAAUGUAUGUGGGGUUCACUGCAGCAACAGGGCAGCUGGCUGAGAGUCAUAAGAUUUUGGCUUGGGGGUUUAGUAAUUCCAAUUCUUCUAUUGGGGAUGCCCUUGUGACAACUAAUUUGCCUUCUUUUAUGAUGCCAAAUAACUCAGUUUUCCAGUCGAUAGGGUUUAUUGCAGGCGUUUGUUUUGGGGCUUUGUUUGUGACUGCCUUGGGAGUUUUGGCAUAUCUUGUUAUAGUUAGGAAAAGAGGGCAGAAGAAAGAGAAUAUUGAAGAUUGGGAAUUGGAGUAUUGGCCUCAUAGGAUAGAGUAUCAAGAGAUCUAUGCAGCAACAAAGGGGUUUUCACAAGGAAGUGUGAUUGGUUGUGGAGGAAAUGGGAAGGUCUACAGGGGAGUAUUGUCUGGAGGAGUAGAAGUGGCAGUGAAGAGAAUUUCUCUUGAGAGUGGACAUGGUAUGAGAGAGUUCUUGGCUGAGGUUUCAAGCCUAGGAAGAUUGAAGCAUAGGAAUUUGGUAGGGUUGAGAGGUUGGUGUAGGGAGACUAAUGGAAGCUUGAUACUCGUUUAUGAUUACAUGACGAAUGGAAGUGUGGACAAGAGAAUUUUUGAGUGUGAUGAAAGUUCACUUUUGAGUUGGGAAGAAAGGAUUAAAAUCUUGAAAGAUGUGGCUAGUGGGAUCUUGUACUUGCAUGAGGGUUGGGAAGCUAAGGUCCUGCAUAGGGACAUUAAGGCAAGCAAUGUGCUGCUUGACAAGGAUAUGAAUGCUAGAUUGGGGGAUUUUGGAUUAGCUCGGGUUCACCACCAUGGACAAGUAGCUAGUACUACACAAGUUGUUGGGACUGUCGGUUACAUGGCACCUGAAGUAGUUAAAACCGGACGUGCCUCUACUCAAACAGAUGUGUUUGGUUUUGGAGUUUUGAUUCUUGAGCUGGUAUGUGGUCGGAGACCAACUGAAGAAGGAAAACCAGGUUUGGUUGAAUAUGUACAUAGGUUAAUGGAGAGAGGAGAAUUACUUUACGCUCUAGAUAAUCACUUAAAAGCCAAGGGGGAUUACAACAAUGAGGAAGUGGAGAGAGUGCUGCAUUUAGGACUGUUGUGUGUGCAUCCGGAGCCUAAUGUUAGGCCAACAAUGAGGCAGGCUAUAAAAAUCCUAGAGAACAUGAAUGGUGAUACAGAGUUUGAAGGAGAAAGACAGGAGGUUUAUCUUCUAGACAGAAAAAGAACAACUGCCAUGUGGAAAAACUUAGGAAAUGGAGGGCCUAGAGGACACCCAACAUUUGAUGAAAUCCAAAAGACCCUUUCUUCUUCCUUUUCCCUGACUAACUCAGAUGUAAUCCUAGAAGGGAGAUGAAAAUGUGUUUGAUACAAAUUCGGUAGGUAUAUCUUUAUACAUUUGGUAUUCUUUAACAUUCUUCACUACUUUUCUGUGUUUUGUUAGGAGCUCCUUGUGAACUAUACGUGUCUGUAGGAAGAUCUUCUGUUUUUAUCCAAAUAGCAUUACUUUGCAUUUCAGUUUUCUCAGUUUCAUUCUCAAGAUGAGAAUAGGCCUUCUAGAGUAGUAUUCACGAUUGAGAUUUCUUUUUUCAUAGAAAACAGAUUCUGAGAGCUUUGUACAUAUGACAAAGGCUUCUAACCACCAGCUUUGUUAGCUUGUAGGGGUAGUUGGUUUGGUUGCUAUCUUAUUGAUUGAGUUGAUAACAAGAUUGACUACUAAAAUGAAGGCAUCAAUAUAGAAAAUGUGAAUCAACUCAAUUGAUUAGGACUGGUUUUGAUAUUAUAUUAAAUGGUUUUUUUAAUC